AUGAGUGAACAAGAGAAAUCAACUGAAGCAGCGUUGCGUGUGUGCUGGGUUCUUAAUAAGCACCAAAAACCGUUUUCCGAUUCCGAAAUAGUAAAAGAGUGUAUGUUGGAAGUGACCACUACACUUUUUCAAGAAAAUGAAAAAAUCCUUACCUCUAUCCAAGAUAUUCCUUUGUCGGCAAGGAGUAACACAAGAAGGACAGAAAUGUUGGCAGCCGAAAACAAAAAAAGCUUAUUUGAACUUUUACAUAAGUCACCGUGCUACUGCAUUGCGCUUGAUGAAUCUUGUGACUUAGUUGAUUCUGAACAAAUGUCAAUUUUCGUGCGAUUCUUUGACAUUGAAAAUAAAGUGUUUAGAGAAGAGUUACUAGCAAUAUUGACAUUUGAAGGCAAGACUCGUGGAGAAGAUUUAUUUAAGAGUUUUGAUGACUUCAUGAAAAACCCGAAUUUGAGUUAUGAUAAAAUUGUGUCAAUUUCCACUGAUGGAGCUCCAGCGAUGAUGGGAAAAGAAAAAGGAUUGCUAAAAAGAAUCCGGGAUAAUAAUUCCGGAAUAUUAACUUAUCAAUGCAUAACUCACCAAACAUCGCUUUGUAGUAAACUCGGUUUGAUCAAGUUAAUACAUUUUAUCAGGUCGCGUUCUUCUCUCCAACACAGGCAGUUCAAAGAGUUUCUGAGUCAAUGUGAUUCGGCUUAUUCAGAUUUACUACAACACAAUCAUGUUCGUUGGCUCAGUAAAGGUCGAGAAGUUGAACGUUUUUGGAACAUUACAUUUACAUUCCUAAAAAAUGUAGAUACUGAAGAAGCAAAGAAGCAUUCGGAGCUCUUAGAAAACAAUCGAAAUAUAGUUGCAAUGGCUUUCUUAAAUGACUUUUUGAAAUAUUUAAAUACGCUUAAUGUCGAAUUACAAGGAGAAGGGAAAUUAUUAUGUGAUUUAAUACAAAUUUUAAAAGAAUGUAACAUAAAACGACACUAUGAAACUAAACAUAAAGACAAAUUUAAAAAUCUAGAAGGAAAAGAAAGAAAAAAAUGUGAACAAAACGUGUCUACUGUCCGUGCUAGUUAUCGAGUUGCUCAGUUAAUAGCCAAAGAAAGUAAAUCGUUUUCUGAUGGAGAAUUUGCGAAGAAGUGUAUGUUACAUAUUGUUGUUGAUGAAAUAUGUCCUGAGAAUAAAUGUUUGUUUGAACAAGUUAGUUUGCCACGUCAAACAAUUACUAGAAGAAUAGAAGAUCUUGGACUUAAUCUUUUUGAACAAGUGCAAGACAGAGUAAAACUUUUUCAAUAUUUUUCAAUAGCAUUAGAUGAGAGUACUGAUAUGGUAGAUACGGCACAACUACUAAUUUUUUUACGAGGUGUGAAUGCAAAUUUUGAAAUAACAGAAGAGUUGGGAGCGUUGGAGAGUUUGAGUGGAACUCAAGGCUCAACAAUUCUUUGGCCACCAUGUUCUCCAGAUAUGAAUGUUCUCGAAUUUUAUUUUUGGGGAUUUUUAAAAGGCGAAGUUUAUAAAGAGGAGUCAAAUAAUAUCAAUGAUUUGAAAAAUAGCAUUGUUGAAAUAUGUAAUAAAAUACCUUCAUCAGUAUGA